AUGUCAUUUUCACCUCAUUUCACCAAGUCUUCCGGAGGUUCAUCACCCUCGCCGUUCGAUCGUGAUUUAGCUACAUUAGCAAAUUACACAGAAGUGGUCACUAGGAAUAUCAAAAUCGACUGGGAAGUCGAUUGGGAUCAAAAGAUUUUAAGUGGAAAUGUGGAAUUGGGUUUGGAAGCAAAGAAAGAUGGAGUGGAUCAAGUCAUUUUGGAUAGCAGUUAUCUGGAUUUGAAGAGUGUCCAAGUCGAGGCACAGGAUGUGGAAUACUCCCUUGGUGAUCGAAUCGACGUUAUGGGUCAAGCACUCAAAAUCAAGCUACCUAAAUCAAUGAGCAAAGGCGAAAACGUUACGAUCAAAAUAACUUAUUCAACAACAACUUCAUGUACAGCUUUAGGAUGGUUAGAGCCCUCUCAAACUAAAUCAGGCAAACAUCCAUACCUAUAUUCUCAAGCUCAAGCGAUACACGCAAGAUCAAUGUUACCAUGUCAAGAUACACCAGCUGUAAAAGCUACCUAUCAAGCUAAAGUAAGAUCUGGUCGAGGGCUCGAAGUACUCCUGAGUGGUCAGAGAAAGGGUGUCAACGAUUUAGGGGAUGGAAAGAGGGAAUUCGUCUAUGAACAGCCUGUAGGUAUCCCAUCUUACCUCAUAGCUAUCGCCGCCGGUGAACUCAAUCACAAAUCUUUCGAUAACCUCGAGGGUAGAAAUUGGUCUACUGGAUGUUGGACAGAGCCGCUGUUGAUGGAUAAAGCGUACAAGGAAUUCCGUGAAGAUACAGCCAACUUCGUCAAGACAGCAGAAGAUCUCACAUCUUCUUAUAAAUUCGGUACUUAUGAUAUCCUCUUCUUACCUGAAUCAUUCCCUUACGGAGGUAUGGAGAACUCGUGUUUGACUUUCGCAACUCCUACUAUCAUCGCUGGAGACAAGAGUCAAGUAGAUGUCGUUGCGCACGAGAUCAGUCAUUCGUGGUUCGGUAAUGGUAUUGGAUGCGCUUCGUGGUGUCAUUUCUGGCUCAAUGAGGGCUGGACAACAUAUCUCGAAAGAUUGAUCAUGAGAGAGACCCAUGGAGAAUUAGAUAGACAAUUAUCAUACACGGUCGGUCGACGAGGUCUGGUUGGUGAUCUUGAACGACUCAAUCCAAGAUUCCAGAAAUUGGUCAUCGAAUAUAAAGAGCAUGAAGAUCCCGAUGAGGGAUACAGUCAAGUUCCAUACGAAAAGGGAGCAAACUUCCUUCUUCACCUUGAAAGAACUCUUGGAGGUCUCGACAACUUCAUUCCUUAUAUGAAAGAUUACGUACGAACUUUUGAGGGCACAUCCAUCACAACUGAUCAAUGGAGAGAACACCUUUUCCACUAUUUCAAGCAACACAAAGAUGGUGAAGAGCUUACUAGGAGAUUAGGUAAAGUCGAUUGGGAUGAAUGGCUCCAUGGAACAGGACCAGAUCUUUGCGUUGAUAUUCAAUACGAUGACACUCUUUCGAAAGCUUGCUACGAGCUCGCAGCCAGAUGGGAUAAAGCUCGUGAUGGCGAUGUAUCAGGGUUCAAAGAAGCUGAUGUCAAAGACUUCUCUUCUACUCAAACGGUUGUCUUCCUGGACAAACUCGAGACAUACGAUACUCUUCCUGCUAAAGUAGUGGCCUCCCUCGAUAAAUUAUACGGCUUUGGAUUUACUGGAAAUGCUGAGAUCGGAUUGAGAUUCUAUGAAGUCGCUUUGAAGAGUGGUCCUGAAUAUGCCAAAUCAGCUGCUGCCUGGGUGAUCAACAAAGGUAGGAUGAAGUUCUGUAGACCAAUUUUCAGAUUGUUGAAUGAACAAACACCUGAAUUGGCAAAGAAGACUUUCUUGGAACAUGCUAAUUUCUUCCAUCCCAUCGCUAGGAAGAUGAUCGCUAAAGACCUUGGAGUCAAAGUCGAUGCUUAA